AUGUUGCCACCACGCUCACACUUGGCAAGUCUAAUCCUCCUAUUAUCAGUUUCAUUAGCAGCUUCAGCUUCACUUGAAGAAAACUUUGUCCAAUGUCUCAGCUUCUAUUCAGACAAAGCAGCUCCAUUUUAUGCCUCAAUUUACACUCCAAAAAAUGCUUCGUUCACCAACAUCCUCGAAUCCUCUGCACAGAACCUAAGGUAUUUGGUGCCUUCAGCGCCAAAACCAGAGUUUAUAUUCACACCCUUGACUGAUUCACAUGUCCAAGUGGCAGUGAUUUGUUCAAAGAAACUUGGUAUUCAUCUGAGAGUUCGUAGUGGUGGCCAUGAUUAUGAAGGACUUUCAUAUGUUUCUGAAGUUGAGGCCCCUUUCAUAAUUGUUGAUUUGUCCAAGCUUCGGGCCAUUGAUGUUGAUAUAAAAGACGACAGUGCUUGGAUUCAAGCUGGUGCCACUAUUGGAGAAGUCUAUUACAGAAUAUAUGAGAAAAGUUCAGUUCAUGGUUUCCCUGCAGGCCUUUGCACAAGCUUAGGUGUCGGAGGGCACAUCACAGGAGGUGCAUAUGGAUCCAUGAUGAGAAAGUAUGGCCUUGGAGCUGAUAAUGUUCUAGAUGCAAAACUAGUUGAUGCAAAUGGCCAAAUCCUUGAUAGGGAAGCCAUGGGAGAGGACCUAUUUUGGGCAAUUAGAGGAGGUGGAGGAGCAAGCUUUGGUAUCCUUCUUUGGUGGAAGAUAAGGCUGGUUCCUGUGCCAGAAACUGUGACAGUUUUUACAGUUACAAAGAGCCUAGAGCAAGAUGCAACAAAGAUUGUUCAUAGAUGGCAGGAAGUGGCACCCUAUAUUGAUGAGGAUCUCUUCAUCAGAGUCAUCAUUCAACCAGCCAAUGUUGGGAACAAAACUGAGAGAACCAUCACAACAUCUUACAAUGCUCAAUUCCUUGGUGGGACUGACAGACUCCUCCAAGUGAUGAAGGAAAGCUUUCCUGAAUUGGAUUUGACAAGAAAAGAUUGUCUGGAAACCAGUUGGAUCAAGUCUGUGCUCUAUAUUGCUGGUUAUCCAAAUGACACACCCCCUGAAGUUCUGCUUCAAGGAAAGUCAACUUUCAAGAACUACUUCAAAGCCAAGUCAGAUUUUGUGAGAGAGCCAAUACCAGAAAUGGGGCUUCAGGGACUGUGGCAAAGAUUGCUGGGAGAAGACAGUCCCUUGAUGAUUUGGAACCCAUAUGGUGGGAUGAUGAGCAAAUUUUCGGAGUCUGAUAUUCCCUUUCCUCACAGGAAUGGAACACUCUACAAAAUCCAGUAUUUAUCUCUUUGGCAAAAUGGGGAUAAAAAUGCCACAAAGCAUAUAGACUGGAUUCGGAAGCUUUACAACUACAUGACUCCUUAUGCGUCUAAGUUCCCAAGGGAGGCAUAUGUGAACUAUAGAGAUCUAGAUUUGGGAAUGAACAAGAAGAACAGCACAAGUUACAUACAGGCAACUUCUUGGGGCAAUAUGUAUUUCAAGGAUAAUUUCAACAGGUUGGUGAAAAUAAAGACAAAAGUGGAUCCUGAUAAUGUGUUCAGGCACGAGCAGAGUAUCCCACCACUUCCAGUUUCAAGUAUGAAGCCAGAAGACAAGACCUGGGAAUGA